AACAAUACAUUCAUUUACAAUGGAGUGGCUGACUGGAUUUAUGAGGAAGAAAUAUUUAACAACAAUGUGGGUCUCUGGUGGUCCAGAUCCGGCCGCUAUCUGGCCUUCAUUAGAAUAGAUGAUCAUCGGGUGCCACUAAUACAGUAUCCCCUCUUCGAGCAUCAACAGUAUCCGACGAUGAACAAAAUACCGUACCCGAAAACAGGUGUCAAACACCUGCCCGAAGUAACAGUUCAUAUUUGGGACAAGAAAACAAGAAUAGUACGACAAAUGGAUAUCACCCUUCGAGAUAAGAGCUUGGCAACGUAUUUGUUCUCAGGCUCCUGGAUAUCACUGUACGGCGAGGAUCUCUUCGUUGCCGUAUUUGCUAAUCGCUAUCAAAACAUUACAUCAAUCACGCUUUGUACUUUUGAUUCCGAAAAAUGCGUCUUGAAUUUCGACCAGUACUACGGCAUCGAUCGGCAUCGAUUGUGGGCUGAGCCAGAAAAUCAUCGUAUCCAGCAUUUCUCAAACGAUUCCUACUUUGUUUGUUUGCCCGGCAAAUCUGCCAACGGCGAAAUAUUUACUCAACUUGCUCGUGUAACUGUGCCGAGGAAUCUCACCAAUGGCCGUGCAGUACUUAUCACAUCUGGUAACUAUGAUGUUACGUCAAUCAAUGGUUACAAUCCGAAAACUGGGCUGGUGUAA